GGUGAAAUGCUCGAGUCGUACCCUCUUGUCCCCUUGACUGCUGGUGCAGGCCCGGAAUGAACGACGGAACGAUUUUUCUGCAGGUAUUUUUUGCGAGUUCGACACGACUCGUGUUUGCACCCGGCAAACUGUACGAACCCGACUCCGCUCGGCUGCUGCUGACACCAGCUCCCACGGUGGCUGCCCUCGACAUUUGAAGCACAAGUGCCGAAUUUUUUCAGCCUGCAUCCCAAGUGCUGCCGAAGAGCCUGGUUGAUAGGUCCGGGGCUCGUCGGACAGUAGAGCAGUACCUUGUUAGCCUGUUCAGCUGUGGGUAUUACCCCUGAUUCCCGCUGCCUGUGGACGGUGGAGGGACUGGCUGCUGCGGGUAAAGUUACGUAACUUUUGGUGACUCUUGGUGUCAAUAAUUGUUUUGCAUUUUGAUUGAAAUACUUUACAUCAUCUCCUGCUACUGUCAUGAUACAGCGUACAUAGGAGUUGGUGGUUUUGUUUUACUGUAAAAAAAAAAAAAAAAAUACAGACAUAGCAUCAACGCAAUUGUAACAGUAAGUUAAGUCAAAACUUCUUGAUGUAAUAGGUUAUCAACUUGAUGUAUCCUGCCGCUUGAUAUUUUUGGGAGGAUGAUUAAGCUUACUGGCUUACCUCCAAUUCAUAACGGCGUAUCGUGUUAGUGUGCCUUGUAGUGACCUGAAAGGCGAGAAACGCCCGAUACUGGAAACCUCGAAAUAUUGGAAAUACUCGAUACAUUUGGAGGCUCGCCUGUGGUACAUACCGAGGGAAAUAAACACAUCAACAUCCCCGGCGCUGAUGACUACACUCUUGCUCCCGCGAGAUCUUGUUCGGAGUCUCUGGAUGGCCGUUGCUAUGGAUACGGGAGCGUCGCAAUCCAUGAGGAAGCUGCCAUAUAAUUUCCUCUCCUGCCAUACAAGACGAUGCGGUGCAAAACAGCGUCUAAGUUGUUUACAAAGUCUGUACUUGGGUAAUUGACAGCCUGCAUCAUAGAUCAUGGAGCAUGACGAUGAGCUGAGUGACUUGCGGCUUCAGUUCCAAGCGCUACAAAAACAACAGGAGAAAAGAAAACUCGAUAGGAAAAAGGCGAAAGAACCAGAUAAGCUUAAUGUCAGUGUUAUACAGGAUGAUUUGGAUCUAUCGAAACAAGGCAUUCAGGCAGACAACCUGACUGCAAAUGACAGACUUCUGCAGAAUGAGAAUCAGAAUUUGCUAGACCAGCUGAGAGAGCUAAAAGAUGAAAAUGGUCGGCUCUUCAAACUUCUGAGCGAAAAAGAUUUUGAAAUUAAACAUCUAAAGAAGAAAAGUGAAAAAGAACGACUGGCCCUAGCAGGCACAUCAGGCUUGGCAGGGGAUGUGGCAGCCACCAAGAUUGUUGAACUGUCCAAGAAGAAUAGAGAGCUAACCGCUGAAAUUGAGCGAGAAAAGAUUAAGUCAAAGCAAAACAGCAACAGAAUCAAAGAGCUUGAGAAAGAGCUACAGGUCACUUUGGUGCACUCUACACCUGGGCAAAAGAUAGAUACAAAGUCACAGAAUAAGAGGUUAUCUGAAGACUUUGAGCAGGAAAAUCCAAUGGUGAAAUCUCUACAGGAAAAAUUAGCUGCUGCCCAGCUGAAAGUGAUUGAGUAUCGCAACCAGGUUCAAUCCGUCAAACAUGAGUUGAAAGUAGCUCAGAAGGUUUUGAUCAGUGAAGUUGGAGAAGAGGUCAACCUUCAGCAAUUACUAAGCUGCCCAGGGAGCUUCAGAGGUCGAUCUCAGCAGAUACUGGCUCUUCAGACAAGGGUGCGGGACCUUGAGCAGCAGCUGAACCAGUCAACUCAGCGGAGAGAGCCAAGUGUCCUGAGUGUAGAGGAAGAAUUUCUGGGCACCGGGGUCCUUCUGAAAACCCCUCCUCAAGACAGGAACCACAGCUACAUCCGCACCAUCGAGAAGGACAAGAGGGAAGCGUUCGAGAGGAUCUCAAUGGACUAUGAGGCUCUCCUGAAAGACCAUGAGGAUGUGAAGAAAAAGCUGGACGCCUCGAAAGCCAGGAACAAAUCUGUGUCUGCUGAAAUAAAAACUCUGAAGGUCCAAAUUUCUACCCUACUGGAGAAGGGCAAACAUGAUGAUGAGCUUGUAGAUGCUUUGCUGCAGCAGACCCAGAUGCAGGAGGUGCUGAGACGGUUCAGUCAACAGCAGAACGACCAGAGCAAGGAGACACAGCAGAGCCCAAGACGGCAGCUGAGGAGUGAGUCUUCAGAGCACAACGCUCUCAUCCAGAAGCUUAAGCAGAUGGUUGCUGAGAAAGAGGCAAAGAUUAAAGAACUAGAGGAGGAAAUCCAGCAGCUCUCUGUGAAGGAAGAGGGCGUGGAAAGACAGUCCAGCCUCAAGACAACAAUUCACAGUUCAGGUUUUUCCCCUGAAGAGGGAGACAUUAACAAGAGAAUAACAUCUUUAGGGGGUCCAGGUCCUUCAAAAUGUCCACAAUGUUCAGCUGAUGUGAGUGCACUCAUGACCCAGUGUAGUGAAUAUAAAAUCCUCCGCGUGGAGAAGGACAGACUCCUUGAGCUUGUGAACGUCCUACAGACAAAAGAAAAAGAGAUGAACCAGAGGUGUUUGGAGGCAGAGCAGAAGUAUCAAGAGGAGCGCCGCAGGACAGUGAUCCUGGAGCAGCAGCUGGAGAGGACAAAAUUAGAUUCAAAGAGCAGUGUCCCUCAGCACUAAGAUGGCAGGAGUCUACAAACAACAGGAAUUGUCCGUAGUCAAACUGAAUAAACUGUCUAACAACUUGAUUGCCAUUUGUAAACAUCCUUACUUUGACAACACUGUAGAUGUCCUAAACUUUUCUUGAUUUUUGUUUUUUCCAAAUAUAAAAUUUACAACAGACAACAGUAAUAAUGAUACAUGGCAACGGACGCACUGCCUAUGGACAGCGCUCCUCCUGUUUGGACUGGGCAGAGAUGUUCAUGUUGCUCUUAUAUGUUGUCUCCUGGCUGGUCAUUCAGCUGGAGGUAAUGGAGGCGCCGAUGGCAUCGCUAAAGAGGAUUCUCCACCAAAACCUGCGGCUCCGCAGUGACGUGAUGAGACCAGUCAAGCAUGUUUCCCUGCAGGCUCUGUGACAGCCCAGACCUGACACUAAGCAGUGGAACUGGCUAGUCCCUGCUCAACCUCAUGUCCAGCUGAGCACUACCUUCUCCUGUCCAGCCUGGAGGAAACAGGCUCGCCUCUUCUGCCACACAGACAUCAUACAAAUCUCCUUCUUUUUCUCCAUUUGAACCCUCAACGACAGUUUAUGAUGGUUCUUUUGUGCGUUCAGGUGACCUCAGUUUAACCAAUCGAGUACCUUGAGUAGCAGAGCUUUCAACUUAACCCUAAUGGCAUCAGACAAGUGUUCCUACCAAUUACAGAAAUGUUUGAUGUUGACAGGAUGUCUCCCCAUAGUUUCAUAUUUUGUCUACUUGCUGUUUUAUACAUUUCACUGUCACCUUUUAUUAAAUUAAUGUAGUGUAUGUCUUUUCAUCCGCUGGCAACCUUAAGUGAAUUACAGAUAUAGAUAGCCACAAUGUCUGUUUUUAAAGUAUAUGCAAUCUAAUGAGAUGUCCUAUUUAAUUAAUGAAAAGGGAGCCAAAUCUUCACCAAAUGUUUUGAAUAUAUUGUUUACCUUCAUGGUUAUUACUUUCCUAAAGUUUUUAUAUUAUUUUUGGACUCCAGAUGGUUGUACGUAAAUGUGUGUCAGGCCAAUCCAAAUAGUAAACA